UGUUUUUUUGGUGUUUUUUUCUUUUACAGUGUUUACUCAAAGAGAUAUCAGUUUAUCGUUAUAUAUAGGAGUGACAACAGAGCUAUGACGUAGUAAUUUCAGUAAAGGAUAUAUCUGGAUAGAAAGGUUACUACGUGUAUAUGUGUACCUGUUUUUGAAUAACAUUUGGUGUUGACAAGGUUAGUUGUUGAUCAUGUAUGUUGAUAUCACAGACCAAGUUUAUGAACUAUACCAAGAUGAUGAGAUUUGUUCAGUGCUACAACUUAACUACAAUCACAUAAAUGAAUUAACAGAUGAUGACAUGAAUUCCAAAACCUUCAAGAAUGCAAAAUGCUUGUAUUUAAAGAGGAACAACAUCAAAACUUUGCCAAAGAGCAUAAAUUUAAUGAUAGCACUGACACAAUUGCAUAUAGAAGGCAACAAUUUAUCUAGUCUACCAGAUGAGAUUGGUGAUUUAAAGUUACUGGAAGUGCUCAAUGUUGUAUCUAAUGGUUUGACAAGCAUACCAACUAGUAUUGGUGGACUGAAAUGUCUUAAAAAGCUUCAGAUAUCUAUGAACAAAAUAAGAUGCCUUCCAAAUGAAAUUGGAAACUUACAGUGUUUGGAGACAUUGGAGGCUUCUAGUAAUAAUUUGUUUAGUGUACCAGUCAGUCUUAUAAACUGUACACAACUAAAACUGCUAGCUCUUGAUAAGAAUAAGUUGAAGUUGUUUCCAAGGCAACUAUGCAGAUUGAAGAAACUUACAGAACUUUCUUUAGCCGGAAACCAGUUGGAAUAUCUUCCACCAAUAAUAUUUCAUGACCUGUCAUCAUUAUGUAAUCUUGUGAUAGACCAGAAUCCUCUGGUAACAGCGUACCCACCACAUCCGGGAAAUAUUGAGAUCAGUCACUUUGGAAUAUCUCGCAUAGAUGGUAGGGAUAGGGAGAGAUUUCAACAUUUGAUCAUCCAAGGAAAGACAAUUUCUAUGCCUGAAGAAUUUUCUGAGUUGUGUAGACCAGGAAAGAGUAGUGUCCCCUGUCUUCAGGAACUAACUCUGAGGUCACUUCAUGCAAAAGUGGAUUUACAGUCUGGUAUCUUAGGAGACCUGUUAUCUGCUGAUCUUGUGGACACUGUUAUGUUUCCUACCGGCCUGUGUCAUCAUUGUAGAAAAACAUUGUUUAUAUCUGCAUUCCCAGUUAUAUACAAAGAAAAUAACACUACAUUACUUACAUCAGCUUUCUGCUGUUCUGUCAAGUGUAUUGUGUAUCAUGAUUUCAAACAAGAUACAUUACUGUAUCCACCAAGCUGAUGGGUGGAGUAAUAUGAAGGAAAACACCUAGCUGAUGUCUGAUGGGUGGGGUUAUGGAACCGUAAAACAGGGUGCUCAUUGUUUAACAAUAGACUAACAUUGUGAUAUGAUGAAUAUGAAUAUUGAUAUAAUUUGUGUAAGCGUGUAGAAAUUGUGAUAUGUUUGAUAUGUAAACUUUGUGUAAGCGUGUAGAAAUUGUAAUAUGUUUGAUAUGUAAACUUUGUGUAAGCGUGUAGAAAUUGUGAUAUGUUUGAUAUGUAAACUUUGUGUAAGCGUGUAGAAAUUGUAAUAUGUUUGAUAUGUAAACUUUGUGUAAGCGUGUAGAAAUUGUGAUAUGUUUGAUAUGUAAACUUUGUGUAAGCAUGUAGAAAUUGUGAUAUGUUUGAUAUGUAAACUUUGUGUAAGCGUGUAGAAAUUGUGAUAUGUUUGAUAAUUUAUUGUUUUGUUAAAUGGGAUUAUGUUUCUAAGAAUUGUUCUGUUAUUUGAUAAAAACUGUUUUCAGACAAGCAUUGACAUUUUUAUAGUCAGAUUUAUAUGUUAUUUUGUUUUAAAGUUAUAAAACUGUUGUUAAUUACAAUAGGACUUAUCAAUCUUGAAGGUUUGUUGGCAUUAGAUUGAAUACUUGUAUUAUACUGUUUUCCGUCCUAAACAUUUUAGUUUUUACACUCAUUUUGAUCUUAAUAACAUUUAUAAAACUUUUAUAAAGAUUUAGAGGGAAAAUUUCAACAGCUAACUGUUGAGACCAUGAUCAGUGCAGGCUCAUACACUGAUUGCAUGGGUGGAACUAGGUGCUGCAUAAAUAUCACGGGUUCAGUAUGAUACUGUAGGAUUAGUGGUCUUUCAAUGUAUGUAUAUAUAUAUAUAAUUCCAUAAACAAUGUAUAUUUAGAUUUUAGUUGUUUAAAGUGCCUUUUGCUUAAUUGGUAUUUAUACAGACCAAAGUAAUUUUAUUAUAUUCAGAAAUUUUAAUUGUUUCUAUAAAAGAGGUGGACAAUAAAAAAGAACUCAAUAGUA